UUGAGCGAACACUGUUAGCCAUCGCGUCGCUUACUCACUAGUACAGUAGCUAGCUACUGUAACACCAUUUGGGCUCUUUUGGGACUUUUAAGCGCGCAGGCUUGGCUAUGGAGGCAGCCCGGGUACUUUUGUGUGUCCUCUCCGUGUUCGCCGCUCUCGUCUCGGAGAGGUUUGUGGUGCUGGCUGCCUUCUCCCAGUCUUUGGACAGCGACUUCACAUUCACUCUGCCCGCCGGUCGCAAGGAAUGUUUCUACCAGACCAUGAAGAAAGAUGCCUCUCUGGAGAUUGAAUAUCAGGUAUUAGAUGGUGCAGGUCUCGAUGUAGACUUCUUCAUCUCCUCUCCUUCAGGCAAAGUGCUGUUCAGUGACUACCGCAAGUCAGACGGAGUGCACACUGUCGAAACUGACGACGGAGACUACAUGUUCUGCUUUGACAACACGUUCAGUGCCGUCUCCGAGAAGGUCAUCUUCUUUGAGUUGAUCCUGGACAACAUGGACGCAGAUGAAGAUCCAGACGACUGGAAGGAGUAUGUCCAUGGAACAGACAUGUUGGACAUGAAGUUGGAAGACCUUAUGGACACCAUCAACAACGUGAAGGGUCGCCUAGGAAAAAGUGUGCAGAUCCAGACAGUACUGCGGGCGUUCGAGGCUCGCGACAGAAACCUGCAGGAAAGUAACUUUGACAGGGUGAACUUUUGGUCUGUGGUAAAUCUCAUUGUUAUGAUGUUGGUGUCGGCGGUUCAGGUUUACCUCGUCCGCUCGCUGUUUGAAGAUAAAAGGAAAAUUCAUACAUAACACUACCCCAAAUGGAGGGACGCACAAAGAGAACGGAUUUGUCCACAGAUACCUUCAGGAUUUUUUUUUCACCAGAUCUCCUGGGUUGUGACUUUUAACACAUGGUGUCAUCUACACAUACACAUCUGCACGCACACAUAUGCAAACAGACAGACAUUUUGACAUUUUUAAAAACAAGUCAGCACUGGUUUCCUCUUCAGUCCACUGGAGUUUGUGGGACAUCAGGAGUCCCCAGUUUGGAACAGGAACUUAUAACUGUCAGCCUCUCUACUUUGCAAACUCAGUCUCUUUGCUACAGUUUAAAAAAAAAAUCUUUGUCUCUCUUUAAAACUUGUAUUUUGUUUUCUUGUCCUCCUUAGCUGGUGUAAGCCUCCACAGAAAGUGACAUAACCAGCACGUUUAUGAUGUGACUAUUUUUCUAACUGAGCCUAAAGGUACCAGGCCAGCCGCCCAUUGCAAAAAAGUCCACUUUCCUUUGGACAUGUUUUUAUUUGAGCUAAGCUAGAUGAAGAAAUGGUAUGGUGUCUGAAGAAUUUACUUCUGCCAAACAGGAGUGGGAAGUGCAACCAGUCUGUCAGAGGUCCUUGCCCACAAAAAUCUUCCCCUCCUUUGUGUGUUACUGAGAUGCCUUAGUGGUUUGUAUUUAGCCGCCAGCCUUGUGCCAGCUUGUGAGGCCUUUGAAUAUUUCUCCCCUUGCCUUGGACUUUUAUGUUAUUCAUAGAAAUUCAGUUCUCCCUCUCAUGCCAAUACUAAAAAGUUAGGUGUUUUUCUUGGGCCAUGCUGCUACUGCUGCUCUUUGGCACCAAGAGGAGGGUGGAGUCUGAGAAUAGGAAACAGGCCAUCUCCCAAUCACUUAAUGACUGCUACCCUACUCCCCUCUGCCAUGACUUGUGGGCCUGUAGCCUAAAUGUCAGCCAGCUCUGUCUCACGGCUGCUGGCGGGCGGGUGAGUGUCUGCUUACAGCCACCUACUGCGUGAAGAUGUUGAGCCCACCUGUCUCUGUGGUGACAGAAGUCUAUUCCUGUCGUACCGACACCUGGAAGGUCAUUACCACUACUACAUGGGUGCACUGUUCAGUUUAAUAUGCACGAGCCAUUCGUUGCCUUAUAUGUCAGCAGUCUUCUUAAAUGCUCCCAUCUGUGUAUUUGGUCUGAUAUUCAUACUUUAUUAGCCAUCAUUACAAUCUAAAGUCUGAUCAUUGCACUGCCUCUGGUGCCACAGAACAACUUAUGUUUUGUCUUCAUCCUCUGAGAGCAUAAUUUGACAUUAUGGGCCCCAAAGUUUUUUUUUUUGUUUGUUUGUUUUAGGAUUAUCGGGGGCCCACUACUUGCCCUGAUAGGUGAGUGAAGGAGUGCUGCUCAGGAGGUUUUUGACUCACUGGUUGCUUGUAUAGUAUUAAGACACUGCCAUGGCUCAUGACUAUGGUUGCCAAGAGAACUGCUUUUAUUAUUAUUACUUAUUACUUGGUCGCUCACUACACGAACAGGAAGCUCCGUGUUGUCUGAAUUUGCCCUCUGCUGUAAGAUAAAGAUCAUUCAGUGAAUUCAUGCCUUCAGAAUCUAACAGCCUUAUGUUGGAAGUGCUGUAAAACAAAACUUUAAGGGGUCUGCUUUGUUUGUUUUAAAAUGAUACAGUUUUGCCAUACAGUAUGUUUUUAUGUGUUGUGGGUCCCUGCAGUAACAAUCGGGAUGGUUGUAAGAAACGGCCAUCCACUGUCUCAGUUUACGUGCUUGUCUCCAUCCUUAAUUCCUCUGCCUACCUGAUGUCCCUUUGUGUCCAAAGUUUAAUUAACGUACCGUAUGUUGAGAUUCUGUCUUGUCAGUGAUGGAUGAGUAAUAUGAACUUGCAGUUAAAACCAGUUUGAUAUAUUUUAAAGUACUUCAAAGUUCUAUAAAAAUAAAGGAUUAUAAAUAUUUUAAAGGUAUUUCAAAGUAACUGAGUUGGAGAUCGUUAAAGGGUGAAAAUGUAGGAUUUUCCUAUAAAACAAUGUAUCAAUUCAUGCAAAAAUAAUCCCUCUCAAUCAUCACGUAUGACCCGCUAGAAGUGUGUGACGGAGACCCUGCCCGCCGCCUGUAUUUUCUUACUUUACUGUGUUCGGAGGGGUUCCGGACAUCCACCUUUGGGCAGUGGGUGUGUGGCCCCCCAGCCAAUAACAGCACAGGGUUGUGUUGUGUUUACAAACUGCAACUGACAAAUCCUACUCAUUCUGACUAUAAAGUUUCUGAGUGAGGAGCGACACUGUCUUUGAAAAAGAGUUUUUACUACCCUGAUGGAGCAGUGGGGGAAGAGGGGAAGUGAUGUUAUAAGAUAUUUAUUCAACUAAUGUUCUGUAGUUGUAAAUGUGUAUAAAUUAAA